AAUGCCUGUUACCACCUGACGCUUCGACCGGCACCUGCGGCUAAGUGAAGAAACCCAAAACAGAAAGAUGUUUCUGAAAGAUUGAUUGAGAGCAGGACAGAAGAGUCCUCCCUGAGGAGUGGCCCCAGUGGAUCCCCAGAUUCCCACAGAGAAGAUUCAGACAGCGAGAGAGAUGAGCCUCCAACAACGAGUGGCGGCCCAAGUGGACCUCCAGACAUUUCCAAAUCAAGAACUGAUAGUCCAGUCCAGCCACGUCUGAAACUCUAUCCGAGGACACUCCAGGGCGACAGGCGCAGACACUUUCAGGCAUCGUGGUACUCUAUCCACACAUGGCUUGAAUAUUCACUGUCACAAGACUCAGCAUACUGUUAUGCAUGCAGGCAUUUUGGCCUCCCACACACAGAGUCAGUGUUUACGUCAGCCUUGGGUUUUAAAAACUGGAAAAAGGCAACAUUCAGAGAUGGAGGGUUUUGUGGACAUGCAAAGGGAGAGGGUCACACAAAUGCAAUGAUUGCUUAGAAAGAAUAUGAGAGAGCAGAUAAAGCUGAUGCCUUGUUAAUGAGUACUUUAAGUAAAGAACAUCAUAAGCAGAUAGAGGAAAAUCGUGCCUACAUAAAAAGUUUAGCAGAAGUCCUACUGUUAACUGCAACCCAGAAUAUUUCACAGAGGGGACACAAGGAGACAGUAGAUGCAGACAACAGGGGAAACUUCUUGGCUAUAUUGGACAUGAUUGCUAAACAUGACCCAGUUGUUAAAAAGAAAAUGACAGGGCCUCGCAAUGCAAAAUACACGAGCCAACAAAUUCAAAAUGAAAUUUUGGAUACAUUAGCUGAAAUGGUACGCGCUUCCAUCAUAAACGAAGUCAAGGAGAGUGAAGUCUUUUCCCUUAUGGCAGAUGAAACUAAAGACCUUAAAAAAAAGGAGCAGAUCUCUUUAGUGUUAAGAUAUUAUUAUGCAGGAGCCGUAAAAGAGAGCUUUUUGCACUUUGAAUCUGCAGACCGCCUAGAUGCUGCAGGCCUGACGCAUAAAAUAAUACAGCUACUUGAGAGAUGUGGCUUGGAAUACAAAAGUAACCUGAUCGGGCAAUCAUAUGAUGGGGCUUCUGUCAUGAGUGGCAAGCACUCAGGCGUUCAGGCUCGUAUUAAAGAGGUGGCAAAACAGGCCUUUUAUGUCCAUUGUAAUGCCCAUUGUCUUAAUCUUGUUCUUGUGGACACAGUUAAGGCAGUACCACAAGCUGAAUGUUUUUUCGCAUUGUUGCAGAGACUCUAUGUAUUUGUGUCUGGCUCGUACAUUCACAACAAGUGGCUGAACAUACAGAAAGAAAUGUAUCCUGGAGCACCCAGAGAACUUCAGCGAUUGAGUGAAACAAGGUGGGCUUGCCGGCAUAUAGCUUGCCACACUGUUCUUGAUAGACUACCUGCCAUCAUGCGUCUCCUUGUAGAAGUGGCUUCAGAAAACAGUGGCGAUAGAUGCAUUGAUGCACGAGGCCUGCUCGCUCAAUUUGACCUGCAGUUCAUUGGACUUUUGGUGAUAUGCAAUAAGGUUUUUGGUGAUGCAAGGUGUCUCUCUGACAUGCUACAGUCUCCCUCUCUUGAUUUGUGUUCAGCUGUGGAUCUAGUUCAAGCCCUUGUGCAAAAUGUUCAAGCUUACAGGGAUGAAUCCUACUUUGAAGGACUCUGGAGAGAAAUCUUAAAUACUGCUGAAAAAUGUGAUGUAGAGGUGGAACCUACUUCAAAAAGAAAGACAAAACAGAGCCGGUGGCUAGAUGGACAUGCUGUCAUGUCCUCAACGGGUGAGCGUUCAGAGCAGAGUAUGGACACUUUCCGUAUCAGCAUAUUUUACCCUGUGCUGGAUAACAUGCUCAGUGAGCUAAACAGACGAUUUGCUAAACCAAAUUGUGAAAUAAUGUUGGGAAUCCAAGCCUUAAAUCCGUCAAGUAAUACAUUUUGCCAAGAGCAAGCUCUAUUUGCAUUUGCUUCUAUUUAUGAAUGUAACACAGAUGACCUCAAACACGAGUUACACCAAAUGAAAAGAAUCCUAGAGAGAAAAGUCAAAUCUGGCAUACAGAAGCCCUCUAGCCUAGUAGAACUCACUAAAUUCGUUGAACCCUUUAAAGAGGUAUUCCAUGAGCUCUUCAGGUUAUGCAAAAUUGCUAUUGCCAUACCAGUCAGUACUGCCUCCUGUGAACGCAGCUUUUCCACACUCAAGUUAAUAAAGACACACUUGAUCCACUAUGGAUGAUGAUCGACUGAGCAGUCUGGGUAUUUUAAGUGUGGAGUCCAGACGAGCAAAGUCCCUGGACUUGGAUGAAUUUGUUAAUCGAUUUGCUGCUAAUCACAAUAACCGCAGAAUACGUCUGAAAUGAGUGUGUAAACAAUGAUAUGAUGAAGUGAUGAUGUAAACAGUUUCAAUAAUGCAGUUAGAAGUUCUGCAUUGGAAGAUUCCAUGUAAAUAAUCCCCAAGGGCUUCGAGGCAAUUGUUUUUUUAAGAGGCACUAUUUUUUAUAACACAAAGGAAAGUAUCAAAGUGUUCAAUGCCUCUGUUAUAUACAGGAGGCUAAUCUUUAGAUCUUUAAGGACAGUCAUUUAAGUGUUCAGUUUUCAUGAGAUGUCACUGUUUGGAUUCUCUGUCUGAUAUGUGUAAAUGUGGCUCAAACUUGAAUCAUUCUUGCAGACUCCGCCUAAUACCCAUUGUGAAUAUGAUGUUUGUUAUUAUGUGUUUGAUAGAUGUUUAUGGAUCGAAUUGAAGAAAAAUUGACACUGCUUAUAUAAACAGGCUGUUAAUGCUUGUCAUAUUUACAUUUGUUGUAAUUCAGCAAAUUGUAUUCAGGAUGUUA